AAUAUCAGAGAUUAGUCGAAAGUUGAAUUAUUUCUACAUUUGUCUUCGUCAGCUUCGAACGAAGAAAUCAAAAUAAAACCGACGCUUCUCGAAAAAAACGAAUCGUUCCGAGAUAGUGUAAUCCAUCAAUCAACGGAUCAGUGAACUGAAAUAAAAUGCAACGAAGAAAGGGAACACGUGGAAAUUCGCAGGAUGAUCAACAGGCAUCUCGACGCCUUGCGAAAAAGCCAUCUGACGAAAAAGUUGAUGAAAAGGAUAAAAAGAAAGGAGGAGUACUGAAAAGAUUGGGAUUUCUUCUUCACAAUGAGAAAAAGGAAGAGGUUGGAAGCACCCAGAAAAGGAGAAAACCAAAAAGAGGAACCGAACGGAAACGAGCAUGUUCUCAUCCGGUCUGGAAUCCUGACAAGAAGAUCCACUUCAAUAACGAAAAAACGCAUGCCAUAAUCCCGUUAAAAGGCGAUCCACUGUCGGAUGUACAGAAGAAGGUUUUCUUCAAGUUUGCAAGUGAUGCUGUCAAGAAGAAUCCUCCAGAGUACUCAGUCGAAUUCAUGACAAAAGUGAAACCAUAUCCUGGUCAGCCAAUGGAACGGAAAAUCUUUGACGCGAACCCAACAAAGAAUCGCUAUAAAGAUGUUGUUUGCAAUGACAUAACACGCGUGAUUCUCAGUGAUGGUGGUGAUGGAGAUUAUAUCCAUGCAAACUAUGUAAAUGGUUUGAACGCUCCGUUCAUUUUGACACAAGGCGCCACUGCAGCAACUGUCAUUGAUUUCUGGAGAAUGGUUGUUCACACGAAGACUGCCUACAUUGUGAUGCUAUGUGAGGUGAUGGAAGACGGAAAGGCUAAAUGUGCCCAAUACUAUCCGGAAAAAGCUGGAGAAGCAAUGACUUUCGGAGCAUGGACCAUUCUGUGUUCAUUGGAGGAUGAUAAGGAUGCGAAUAUCAUCAAAAGAACAUUAUCAGUUAGAAAUGUGGACAAUGGGAAGGAACAUAUUUUGAAGCAUUUGCAUACAAAGUCAUGGCCUGACCGUUGUGUCCCUAACUCUACGAUGGCUUUGCUCCGAAUGCUCUACAUUGUGCGCACAGCUUCCGGCCCAGUCACUGUUCACUGCUCCGCCGGAAUUGGCCGAACAGGCACUUUUGUUGCGAUUGAAGCAUGUCUUCAAAUACUGACGGAUGGGAAAGAACUGGAUUUGCUGGGAACUUGUAGAGCCUUGAGAAACAGCCGAGCCGGAAGUAUUCAAGUUGACAUUCAAUACAUGGCACUUGUGCAGAUUCUGAUCAACUACGGAAAGGAUAAUGGCUACUGGGAUGACUCGGAUUUAGAUGAUAGAGUUGAGCUUCUCACUUGGAACAUCCAGCAGUUCAUCCAGACACGUGGAAAAGUGGAUCACGUACCAACAACACCAUCCACACCAGCACUCAACAUCAUUCCAGCUGAUGCCAAGCCUGUUCCAGUUGUUCCAAAAGAAGCUACUCCACAUCAUUCUCCAGCAGAAAAAGCACAAGAAUGCAUGGAAAAGAUUUGCGAAAAGAUUCUGAAACCUAUCAAAAAGGACAAAGAAUGCAAAGAGCACAAAUCUCCGAAGACUGAACAUCCAAAAGAAUGCAAAGAUCAUCCACUUCCACUCGAAACAAGAUCUUCUUCGGAAGAUGGACCUGAUAUGGAAGACCAAAAAACUCAGGCGACGCAAAAAGUUGAGAUCAAAGAGGAAACUGCUGCCCAGAAUGACAAUAUCAGCAUGAUCUCUCUUCCAAAUGAACCACUUCUGUCGAUUCCCGUUGUGAGAAAGAACAGUAAAGAUGGUAACAAGGACAGUUGCGAUACGAAAGAGAGCAAGGAAACAAAGGGACACGAGAAGAAGAACUCCAAGGAAGGCAAUUUCAAGCUGGUGAAAAAGCAAUCUGCCAACCGUAGUCAAUACUUCCUGUAAUGUUCUGCCAUUACCAGCCCGCUCUUGUGAUCUACUAUCGAGUUCCCAAAAUUUUUUUCCUUGAAUGAAUGGUUACUUGU